UAUAAAUAUCCAAAACCCAAACAUUCCCCCAUUCCUACACUCCUCUCUUCUUCUCCCUUCUUUCAAGUUUUUUAUUGAAUUUUAACUUGAAAGCUUUGCGAGUCAUGUCGGACGAGGAGCACCACUUUGAGUCGAAGGCUGACGCUGGCGCUUCCAAGACUUACCCGCAGCAGGCGGGCACCAUCCGUAAGAAUGGAUAUAUCGUCAUAAAAAAUCGUCCUUGCAAGGUUGUGGAGGUUUCUACUUCCAAAACUGGGAAGCACGGUCAUGCUAAGUGUCACUUUGUUGGAAUUGAUAUCUUCAAUGGAAAGAAGCUUGAAGAUAUUGUUCCCUCCUCCCACAAUUGUGAUGUUCCCCAUGUCAAUCGUACUGACUACCAGCUGAUUGAUAUCUCUGAGGAUGGCUUUGUGAGUCUGCUGACUGAGAAUGGCAAUACUAAGGAUGACCUGAGGCUUCCAACUGAUGACAAUCUGCUUGCACAGAUCAAGGCUGGAUUUGAAGAAGGGAAAGAUCUUGUUGUGAGUGUGAUGUCUGCUAUGGGAGAGGAGCAGAUUUGUGCCCUGAAGGACAUUGGUCCCAAAAACUGACCUUGUUUGUUUGAUAUGAAAUGGUGAAGGCCGUAGAACAGAAGAUGGACGGUAAGAUUGUGUAGAGGAUAAGAUAGUGUAGCUUAUUAGGGUUUGUGGUUUUGAGAUGAAGGAACUAAUUGUUGCCUCUUAUAAGAUGACUCUGCCAUUUGUUAAUUGGCAUUUAUAGACUAUAUUUUUGUUUUGUUUAAUUACUGCAUUACUUGAAGGUUGAACUGUGGUUCUGUUCUUGGUGUGGAGAAGUUAUGUUCGCCAUCAAGACUGUAUAUACACUUCUAAGCACCUUUUUAAGUUACGAGUUGCAAUCUGUAGUCUUCUCUGACUCGGUGGUCAGUCUCUUCAGUGCAAGGUUGAGAAUCCUGAGGAUCGCAUUUAUGUUUA